UUGUGUUUUUAAUUUUUAUCAGUUCAAUGAAUGUUGAGUUGUGAGUUGUUUGUAAAUUGUAGACCCAAGUCGCGACAUAAUCAAUUUAGUAUUUUACAAUAAUCUAAAAUUUUGGUGAAGUGAUUAAUGAGUGAUUGUUUAGUAAUAAAUGUGUUAUAAAAGGUAAAACAAACAAUGAAACCCGUAAUAGAUUUCGAUGAGUGUUUGAGAGACUCACCCAAAUUUAGGGAACAGCUGGAAACUGAGGAGGCUAGCAUUGACGCAUUAGAACAAAAGCUUGAUAAAAUUCUCAAAUCAUGCUCAAUUAUGAUAGAAACGGGCAAAAUAUACAUGAAUCAUAGAAGCACAUUUACAAAUGCAUUAUGGGAUUUAAGUAGCAACUUUGCAGAGGAUCCAUCUGUUAUGUCAAUGCUCAACAGAAUGAUACAUGCAUUACAAGAAAUGACCAAGUUUCAUUCUAUCUUAUUGGAUCAAGCAUCAAGAACAAUACUGAAGAAUCUCACAGCAUUUAUCAAAGUAGAUAUAAAAGGAGUGAAGGAAAGUAAACAUCACUUUGAAAAAAUCUCAAAUGAUCUGGAUAUAGCAUUAAUUAGAAACUCUCAGGUAUCACGCCACAAGUCAUCUGACGUAGAGGAGAUUGUGAAUCUCUUGCUAGCUACCCGUUCCUGUUUCCGACACACGGCGCUAGACCAUGUGCAGAAGAUUACGAUGUUACAAGCACGGAAACGCCAUGAAAUUCUUGCUACGUUCCUGUCAUAUUUGCAAGCUUGCUGCACGUACCACCACCAGGGCGCCGAUUUGUCUGAGGAUCUGGAACCCUUCCUGAAAUCCACAGCUGACGAGAUCGCAGUAAUGCGUAACGACACAAAGGUGCUGGACAAGGAGAUGGAGAAUCGUCACACGAUCGUGAACAGCAAGGAUACGGUGUUGCCGAGCUGUGACACCAGCAAGGGUGUGGGGGAAAAGGAGGGGUUAUUAAGUACACCUUGCCUGAAAAACCUGCCCAGGAUGCAAGGGUAUCUUUUUAAAAGAACGUCAAAUGCGUUCAAGACGUGGAACCGACGCUGGUUCUAUCUUUAUGACAAUCGGCUUGUCUAUAGAAAAAGGACAGGCGAAUUAAAUGUGACAGUAAUGGAGGAAGACCUAAGGCUAUGUACAGUUAAACCAGUGGUGGAUGGCGAACGACGGUAUUGUUUCGAAGUGCUUUCACCGUCCAAGAGUCACAUGCUACAAGCGGAUUCAGAGGAGAUGUUAAAUUCUUGGAUCCAAGCGCUACAAAACGGCAUAAGGUCGGCCAUUCAGCAGGGACAGAGCAGGGACAACCCAGACUCGCAGUUGGUGCUAGUGCCGGAUGAAUCUAAACCUAGCAGCGAUAGGAACAUGAAAAAAGUUAGAAUAUGGGAGCAAUUGCUCAGUAUACCGGGCAACAACUACUGUUGCGACUGCGGCAGUCCCAAUCCGCGGUGGGCGAGCAUCAACCUUGGAAUCACACUUUGUAUUGAAUGUUCUGGCAUACAUCGUUCUCUCGGCGUACACGUUAGUAAAGUGCGUUCACUCACUCUAGACGACUGGGAACCAGAUAUUAUAAAGGUUAUGGCAGAACUGGGAAACAAGCUAGUGAAUUUUAUUUACGAAGCAAAUACCGAAGGAUCUACCAUUGUCAGAGCUACACCAGACUGUGAGACAGCGGUUCGGGAACAAUGGAUUCGCGCGAAAUACGUGAACUUGUCGUUUGUGCGUAACAUCGUGAACUCGUGCGAGGCGAAACCGGGCCCGCUGCAGAGCGGUCGCAGGUGGUCUGUGAGGAGACCUAGACGAAGGUUGCGCCCAGCACCCGCAGUCCCAGACACUAUAAAGGAUGAAAAGAGCGAUGCAAAUAGCAACUCAAGCGUAUCAGAAAGUUCUAGUAAGUCGGAUGGUAGCCCCGUUCUGCUGAUUGGAAAGGAGCUAGCUACAGACCGAGCGGUGGAUCUAAGCCUGCCUUCAGACCAUGACUCCACCGAAGGAGAAGAUGAUGAUCUAGACGCGGAGGAGAUGUCGUGCCUGUCGGCGGAGGCGGUGCUGCAGCGGGCGGCGCGCGCGCCCAACGUGUGCGUGAUGCGCGGCGCGCUGGCGGCCGGCGCCGAGCCCAGCGCGCGCGCGCGCCGCGCCCGCACGCCGCUGCACCACGCCGUGCUCAGCGGUUCAGUGAUGGCGUGUUCCUUCCUCUUGCUGAAUGGAAGUAAAAUUAACGCUCAAGAUGACGACGGCAUGACGCCGCUACAUCUCGCCACAGAGGCUGGUCACACUGGACAGGUGUGUCUCUUACUCCGAUACCGCGCGGACCAGUCUAUAGUUGACAAGCAGGGACGAACUCCGCUGGACAUAGCCGUCGAACAGGCAAAUGCUGAUAUCGUCACACUGCUGCGCCUCACCAAGCUGAACGAGGAGAUGCGCGAGAGCGAGAUGUCGUCCAACGACGACACGUACAACGAGGUGUUCCGCGACUACACGCAGCUCGCGCACUCGCACCCCGAGCGGCUCGUGCGCGCCCGACACAACAACAACGACGGCGAACAGUCGAGUGAAUGACGUUUGGAGAAACAGUUGCGUCGACUUCAACGUUGGUGGUGCGAGGAUUGACGAACGUUGGACGCAUCUCCGAGGUCGGCGCCAACGUUUGCGCAAACAUAUGAUCCAAUGACUUACGACAGGCCAUUUUGAAUGGCCAACUAUUUGGCCAAACAUAUGUAUUCAUGGAAUGUAGACGCAAAUUUUGGUGCAUAAGACUUAUAUGUAAUCUAAUUUUAAAAAGGCAAAUAUGUCAAUGUUUAAUUCAGAUCCAAUUAUUAUUCUCCAACGGAUAUAGAAACAUGUUACGAGUUACGGUGGUAACAAAUAGAAAUAUGCAUAUUAAAAUCGAUAUCAUUUUUAUAACUAAUUAAAAUAAAAUUAUUCUAACAUUGAUAAGUUCAUUAAAACGAGUGCGCUUACUUGCACGUUUUUUUUUUUAUAUUCUUCCAUAUAAUAUAAACAUUGUUUGAAAACAAUCAGCAUUAAAUGAAACAAAAAUCUUUUCUUUGAAUAUUCUUGCGCAUUGGGAUAAUUAUAUUAUAAUGGUAAUUUCGGAUGACAGGGAAAAUUUAAUACUGUACAAUUACCAUGAAGUUAGUGAUUGAUAAAUGUCCAAGAUUACCCCGCAUUAGAAAUUACCCCAAUGCAGGGUGUAUAGAUUUCACGACCAAUUUCUUUCGAAUUAUAAUAUUAUUAAUAUUUGCCGGGCUAAUAAUUCAAUAGUUAAGAUAGAUGUAUGCUUUAAUGAUGGUGGCCAGCUGCAGAUACGUUGGUGGGUUGAGCAGUGGUGACCUUCCAAGUAUGUAAAUAUAUAUAUUUUUUUUCAGUCACUCUCCGGCUUGACAAUUUUUCAGAAACACUUGAAAACAAACAGACGGACAGAGGGAUAAAAUUAUUACUUAUUUAGUUUUUUUGUAUAUAUUUUCGUACGACUUAUUAAUUGGAUGAAAAAUAACUAAUUUGACGUAGAGAAAAUUAAAUUUCUUUGUAUGUCAGCUGGUGUUCUAACGCGCAUCGUCAGGUUGUUCCUACCUAAAUUUGAGGCUUUAAAAUGUUUGAAAAUCGUUAUAUACUAUGCCAUUUGCCUUGCUUUUGUUGUUAUAAGAUAGCACUUUGUGAUUUUCAAUUUAUAACCAAAGAAAUUAUUGAAACAGUUCGUGGCACGACCUUUGCCAAUAAACUGUGAUGAUCGCUUAGAGAUUUAAUACCUUAUCAAAAUUAAAAGGAUCUUAAUUAUUUCAUUACUAGUUUUGUAUUUUUAUUUCGAUAUAAUUCGCAGUAUAAAUUGUGUGGACGUUUUCUGUGAUACCUUUAAGGGAUUGAGGAUAUUGUAGUUAUGAUAUUUGUCACGUUAUAUUGUUUUAUAUUAUAGUCAAAACCAUACUAACUACAAAAAUCAGUCGAAAGUGUGUUCGAGCGAUGCUUCAGUUAAAAAAAAAUGUUUGAAAGUUUUUUAGUUUUGACUGUAACAUAUAAGUAUGAAGUAUUUAAUGUUAGAAAUAAUAAUUGUUGCAGUUUUAAAAUUGUGUUUUUUAAUUUUUUCUUUUCAUAUACUACCCGAUAAAUGCAUUACUACUAAUUUGUCUUGUGUGUCUAUUUGCUUUUAUCGUAUAUAAUUUUCCGUCAAUAUUUUUUUUUUUGCAUUUAACAUUCCGUUUAUAUAAAAAAAUCAUUCCAACGCGCAUUUACAACGACUCGGUAUUAAUAUUGAUCGAAUCUCAAUUGUGGUAAUUAGGUCAAAUUAUUUAUACAUUAUUUGUAUUUUAAGGAAAUUAUGAAUUUUGUUACAUUAAGUCAAUGUCUAACGAUGUUAUUAUUAAUGCAUUGCUUGUCGCCUAAGCUUAUAAUUGUUAUUUAAAUCGAAAAAAAAACAGCAUUUUCUUUUUUGUUAUUGUAAUAUAAUGUAAAACUAUUAUAUUUACGAGACAUGUUCCUUCUGAAUAAAAAAACAUCCAUUUACACAAUAGUUUGUCCACUGCUUGUCGCAUUUCAAGAAAAUGUCAUCGACUAUAUUUAAUAAGACUGAUAUGGAUUUGUAAAGAAACUGUCUGCUGGCAGAUGAAGAUCAUUUCUUUAAAUAGUUGCUUACAUACAUGGCCUGUUAUUUGUUAUUUUUACCAACUUAAAUAUGAAUUAAUUUGUGAGGCCUAUACUCAAUAUUAAAUAUGGCUCUAAUAUAGAAUAUUCUGCAUUGUUAAUGUUAUAAUAGCUAUGAAGUUUUUAUAUGAACACUAGUACAUUGUUAAAUAAAUCCAAUGUUGUAUGUACAUGUAUCGUAGUUUCCAUAAUAAGAACUUGAAAUAGCAAACCAUAUUAAUAUAGUUCAUUGGAAAAGGUGUGUCUAGUUUUUAUUGUAAAAACAAACAUCCACUAAAGGAGCCAAACUAUUUGUAAGUAUUUGAUAAUUAGUUCUUACAUUCAUUUGGGAUUUAAUCUUAACAUAGAACGAGGCGAGGUCACCGAAAAAUAUAUGAAUAAAUCCGUUUAUAGAUCCGUUACAUUUCUAAAAUAUAAUCGUCAUUGUAUUGGACGAUACCUCCAGUUAACUCGAGUGCCAUUGCCAGUGGGCACGUACAGGACAAAUGUUUAUUUGUUAAUAAUUGUGUCUACCGCUAGAUUAUAUAAUACUCUGUUAUAUCGUUGAUGUAGAACUUAUUUGUAGUUUUAUUGCUAUUAAAUGUUUAUGAAUUAAA